AUGCAGCCAGAGAAUAUCCUACUCACAAGCCCGGAUGACGACGCAGAUGUCAAACUGUGUGACUUCGGGUUUGCUAAACAGACAACUCUGGGAAAGCAGAGCAUGAGUCAGAAGAAAGGAACACCCGGAUACAUUGCACCGGAGAUCCUGAAAGGCGAAGACUACAGCAUGAAGGCGGAUAUCUGGUCCCUCGGAUGCAUUUUCUAUGUCUUACUGGGUGGGUACCAGCCGUUUGUAGGCGCAAGUGGGAACUCGGUUCAGGGCGAUAAGGAGGCACGCCGGAAGCUGAAGGCCGGUAUGAACACAGUGCUCUCAGUCACACGCAUACGCCGCAGCAUCUCGAGAGAAGUCCUCAGCGAUGCGCAACAAGAGGCCCAAUUAGCGCAUGUCCUGGAGCAGAAGGAAAAGGACCACUCAAGCACAGACCAGGACAAAAGUCAGGGGGAUGGCGAGGAUCAAGACGGUAGUAGCGGCAAGGGAGAGGGGUCUGAUGACCUGUGCACUGAACCUGCCGUCAGUAGUGUGUCGGUGGAUGAAGGUUUGACCUUCGAGACUGCGGAAACCACCAGCAAUGCCUAGUGCGAGUCAUAGAAAACACUAGACACGGCCGAGUGCAUCGUUCCGGUUUAAUAUAUAGGGAGCUAGGGAGCACUAGCCCGUGAUGUAGGUAACGUUUGAAGGACCAACAAGGACGAGCAGGCCGUAACAGUAGCAGCACAUAGCUUGCCAUGCGUUGGUCUGUCUAUAUGACUGGCAUAGCAUGGGGCAGUGUGACAGGUGUCUAUGUCUAUUAUGAGUUGUGGUAGGGAGUGUGCAUACGGUGUACGCAAGAGCAGGCGCAGACGAAGGAGGGGUAUGUGCGCGGUUUGGUUAAACCGCAGACUCCGGGCGAUUCAUGCCGACAUCGGGGUUGGGAUAUCUAGGAAUUGCCAAGUGUGUAGGACUGUGCUAGUGGGUAUACCAUUGUAGUACUGGCUAAUAGGUGCUGAAGACUAGAGUAGAGGGACGCUGGGCGGUAUCAGGUGGCCGUGUGCAAUGUGUGCAUUCGUUAAUGGUCCAGUUUUUAUUACAAAUUGACCCGGACCGGACUUAAUUCAUGAGGCUACACCAUCGGACGAUGGUCCGUCGAAGUUCAGGGUGGCCGAGAAUACAUAUAUAUAUGGGCCUGGAUAUUACCUUGCACACGGGUAUCCAUCUGUAAAUUGGAUAUAGACCUGCUUACGGUUAUAUUAUGAAGAUUGAAGAUGGGAGGGACGUGUAGUCAUGUACACGGUUUCCCAUACGAAGGAAGAUGGUAACAGUCAAGCACACUGUUGUAGAUAUGGAGGAUGAGUUGGGAAGGGUACACCGUCACGGAUCUGGAACUGGACUGGCUGUUAUGUUUUAUACUCAGCUUGAUUCAUGUAUUAUACUCAGCUUGAAUGGCCCGGAAAAUACGACUUGGCGCUUGUAGCUACGGGUGUGCGGGUGUGCUUAGGGUGUGGGUGUGAGCGCGGAUGGCGCCCGCUGUAGCAAUGCCGUACUAACAACUGUACGCUUGGGCAACACAGUGCUAGCAAUAUGCCCAUCAGCGAUGGCGUCUGGUGACGGGUAUUCAGAUUUGCAACUCACAAAUGAUCGUAGAGAUUCGGCGGGAAAUGUCGGACUAGCGCGAUACGGGCUAAUUUAUAUUAAACCCCAAACCCUAAAACCUUAUAAUCCUAAAACCCUAUUACCCUAUACCCCAAAAACCCAGCACCGAGAAGCGACAGUGUUACACGUAUUGUUCUCCAAUACGUCGUGACAAAGGGCACGCGCGGUCUUAAUUUUGGGACAGAGAGUACAGAACAUGCCCAUGACACGCGCCAGAUCUAUUUAUAGAACGCUUGCAUAGAGGCAUGGGCCAACAAUAUCUAAUCGUGCGCAGGAGUGUGCGACUGCCGAGACGGUUGACACCAGGUGCUGUGGCGGUGUCUGCUCGAUGGUACCGAGAGAGUAGUGAGUCUGCGAUGAGCGUUCAUGUGUGUGCCCGACAUGCAUUUCCCGCCACUUCGAUAAUACAUCCAUGAACAAUGGGUCUAUGAAUACGUUUGUGGAUAUGCAUACCCAUAAUCAUUGUUUUCUCCUAUUCCUCAGGAGGUAAUUGAUUACAAUCUUGGGUUAAAAUUAGACCGCGUCCAGGGUUGCUUGCUGGCAUACAGAAACAGAAGCGCACAGGCUUUCCGUGAGCAACAGCAAUACAAUUAUCGGACUAGACAUAUUUGAAUAAAAUUAGGAUUCUGACACGGG